GAACACCAAACCCUACCCACCCGCCGCCGCCGCCGUCAAUGGCGAAGCGCCCGCGCCGGUCCUACUCCCUGGAGUCCCGCGUACGCCGACUCAUCCUAUCAGAUGCCGGCCUCGCCGUCCCCGGCUCCUCCGCCGACGACGUCGCCCGCGCCAUCCGCUCCCGCCACCGCGAGUACCAGCGCUACAAGCUCGAGUUAUUCGCCUCCGUCGUUCGCCGGGCCAUCCCCUCCCUACCGCCUCCCGGCGAUGCCAGCUGCUCCGACAGCGCCUCCGGCGCCUCCUGCCGCCGCAGCAGCCAUGGCGCCACAUCGUCCUCCACCACCACCCACUCGCCGCCUCCCCCCGCCUUUGACGUCACGAAAUCGCUGCUGCGUUCCUGCUACUCCUCCCAAACAUCCAAACGAGACCCCGACACUGACCAGCAGCUCGAGAUGGAGCUCGCCGUGGAGAAGGUUCUCAGGCGGCCUGAUGCUCAAGGAGGCCACGGUGGGCAAAAAGGGGUAAUGUUUGCUGACCUGGGGGGCAUGGAGUCGGUGACAGAGCAGCUGAGGAUGGAGGUGGUGGUCCCGCUGUGCCAUCCGGAGCUGCCGCUGCACCUUGGAGUGCGGCCCGUUGCCGGGAUUCUGCUGCACGGACCGCCCGGCUGUGGGAAGACCACACUUGCCCAAGCAAUUGCCAACGAGACCGGCGUGUCGUUCUACAAACGCUCGGCGACCGAAUUCGUGUCUGGUGUCUCCGGAGGUUCCGAGGAGAACAUCAGAACCUUGUUUAACGACGCAUACAGGACUGCUCCCUCAAUUGUAUUUAUAGACGAGAUAGAUGCGAUCGCAGCUAAGCGGGAUGAUAUGCAGCGAGGAAUGGAACGGCGGGUGGUUACACAGUUGAUGACAUGCAUGGAUGAAUUCCACCAGAACAUCCCAUCUGAUGCCGAUGACAUGGAGGAUGAUUCACAAUCAUAUGAGAAGAAGAAGCCUGGCUAUGUUAUUGUUAUUGGAGCUACGAACAGACCUGAUGCUGUCGACCAAGCGCUUCGAAGACCAGGAAGGUUUGAUCGGGAAAUAUAUCUUGGCGUUCCAGAUGAGAAUGCCCGGAAACAGAUACUGGAGAGGCUCACUCAGAAACUUCGAUUGCCCCCGGAAGGCCAAUUUGAUUUGUUGAAGAUAGCAAAGGCCACGGCAGGAUUCGUUGGUGCAGACUUGAAGGCGUUGGUUGAUACAGCAGGGAGUGUAGCUAUGAAAAGAUUUUUUAAUGCUAGAAAAGACAAGUUUCUGAAGGAAGGAAACAACCUGGACUACCGGAAGCAUCCUUUGGAUAAACAUGAGAUGCAGGGCCUAAGUAUAACUAUGGAUGACUUUGAGGAAGCUAUCAAAGAUAUAGUUCAACCAUCAUUGAGAAGAGAAGGAUUUUCUUCUGUACCUGAUGUCACAUGGGCUUGUGUCGGAGGUCUUGAUUCAUUAAAGAAGGAAUUGAACCGCUCCAUCGUUCGAUGUAUCAAGUACCCUGAAUUUUAUAAGAAAUUUGGAGUCAACAUGCAAGCUGGUGUGUUGCUGUUUGGACCUCCGGGCUGUGGGAAAACACUAAUAGCAAAAGCAGUUGCACACGAUGCAGGGGCUAAUUUUAUUCAUAUUAAGGGUCCUGAAGGAUUGAACAAGUAUGUUGGGGAGAGUGAAGCAUAUAUAAGGAGGACAUUCGCCCGUGCACGACUCAACUCCCCGUGCAUUUUAUUUUUUGACGAGAUAGAUGCUUUGACAACAAAAAGAGGUAUGGAGGGAGCAUGGGUUGUUGAACGUCUCCUAAACCAGUUACUUAUUGAACUUGAUGGUGCUGAUCAGCGUGAAGGUGUUUAUGUUAUUGGAGCUACAAAUAGAAUCGGUGUGAUAGAUGAUGCUCUUCUACGGCCUGGUAGAUUGGGGCAGAAGUAUUUUGUACCUUUGCCCAGUGCUAAUGAGCGGCAUUCGAUAUUAAAAGCCCUAAUAUGUUCUCAGAGAAAACCUGUAUCCAGCACUGUUGAUUUGGAUGCAUUUGCACGUCGUGAGGAGUGCAACAAUCUCUCUGGUGCUGACCUAGCAUCGCUGGUGGACGAAGCAGCCAAGGAAGCUUUGGAUGAGAGUUUGGAACUCCUGGAGAAUGGGGCAUUAUCAAUAAGUUCGUUGUGUUCAGUUGCUUUGAUUGAAUUAUCGCACUUUGAGCAAGCUCUGUCUAAAAUAAAGCCAUCGGUGUCGGAACAGCAAAGGAAGCACUACGAGGCCUUGUCACAGAAAUACUCGGCAAUGUAACUGAUCCAUCACCACAUGUAUCUGGGUGCCUUGGGAACCAUCUUGAUGUCUAAAUGAGGUGUUCCAUGUAUUAUCUGUAUAAAUCAGUUAAGACUAGUACUAGGAUGGAUGCCUUCAAAUUGCGUUAUUUUCCAUUUCCGAAUGCACCUUUGUGCUGCGGGUAUGCAAGGAUAUUACAGUUUUCAAUGGUCUAACGUCAGAUACGAUCAUAAAAGGGAGGUCCUUGUGUUGCA